AUGUCUGAACUGAUUCGCGACGCACCACUCGGCCAGUUCCUGCGCCGAAUUACCGGCAACUCAAUCUUACUGCAUCCAGAGGAGCGACCAGAUUUUGACUAUUCGCCUGUCACUUUGAAAUCAGAAGAUAGAGAUUCCGGCAAUGGCAGCGAACAGCCUUUUACCACGGUUACCUGGUACUCUACAGACGACAAGGCCAACCCGCAAAACUGGACCUUGGGCAAAAAGUGCUUUGUGCAUUUCUUGAUCUGUUUGUUGACUUUUGCCAUUUAUGGAGGCUCGUCUAUAGUCACAUCAGCUCAACCCUUCUUCCGUGAGCAGUGGGGUGUGUCCGCCCAAGGCUCACUCCUCGUACUCUCAAUGUACGUGUUGGGAUACGGCACCGGUCCUUUGUUCUUCAGUCCUCUUUCCGAGAUCCCAGCGCUAGGACGUAGCUUCCCAUACGUGAUGUCCUACUCACUGUUCCUCAUCUUGUCGAUACCAGCGGCAUUAGUGAACAACUACUCGGGCCUGGUCGUACUGCGCUUCCUUCAGGGUUUCUUUGGUGGACCGGUCCUUGCCACAGGAGGAGCAUCAGCAGCCGAUAUGUUUAGCUUCCCGAAGCUUCCAUACGCCAUGUCCAUCUGGGUGUUUGCAGCAUACGGAGGUCCUGCGCUAGGUCCUCUUCUUAGCGUGUAUGCCGUCGCGGAUCUAUCAUGGCGUUGGGUCAUGUACGAGAUACUGAUCAUCGGCGGUGUUACUGGAGCUCUGCUGGUUUGUUUCUUGCCCGAAACGAACCCUGAGACCAUCUUGUUGGAACGUGCCAAGCGUCUCCGCAAAGUCACGGGUCGUUCAGAUCUGCUCUCGGCCUCGGAACAAAAGCCUACUGAGCUGAAGCUCCUGCCCCUUCUCGGCCGCUAUUUGUGGACGCCUUUCGAGGUCCCCCUCAAAGACCCGGCAAUCCUGUUCACUGAUCUGUACACAGCAUUGGUGUACGGCAUAUACUAUUCCUUCUUUGAGUCGUUCCCAGUUGCCUACGGCGGUGUGUACGGAUUCAGCGUUGAAAAGAUGAGCCUUGUAUUCGUCGCCCUGCUAAUCUCGUGUGGACUCGGCGUCGUGAUCUACGUCAGCUUGGUUUGGUUCAUCUAUGAACCAUACACCAUGUCGAAUGGCGUUGGCAUACCAGAAUACCGUUUGGUGCCGGGUGUCUAUGCUGCAGCCUUGCUUCCGUUCUCGCUAUUCCUCUUCGGAUGGGCGACAAGGCCAGAGAUCAAUUGGGCUGUGCCGUCCAUCGGCCUACUCAUCUUUCCUGGAUGCGCGUUUGUUUUGAUACAAGUCAUUCUAUUGUACCUCCCAACAAGCUAUCCGCGAUACGCUGCUAGUAUCCUUGCAGGAAAUACUUUCCUCCGAAGCGCAACAGCAUGUGCCGCGAUCCACUUCUCCCAGCCAAUGUUCGAAAACAUGGGUGUUGGCAAAGGAAACAGUAUUCUCGGUGGCAUUUGCGUUGCCUGUUUUUUCUGCUUCGCCGGUCUGUGGUACUUUGGACCAAAGCUGCGGGCGAAGAGCAAGUUUGCUGAAGGGUGCUAA